GUUAUUUAGUGUUUUCGUUGUGGAAACCAGAGGAAGUAAAAAUAAUUCAUUCAGACGUCAUUUUCCUGUGCUGCUGCAGCUAGUGUGAAGUGGUGACGGGAGUCGGAUCGUCGAGAUCACUUGAGUGUGGAAGGAAACGAUCACAUGGUUCAAAAUCUACCCAAUGAGAUGGCCGAAAAUGGGACAGACUGUGAACUACCCCAGAGGCGUGUAGGGUCCAAGGAGCAGCAGAACGGGAGCUUUCUGGACCCCGUGUCUCUCAGCGAAAGGAAGCGUCGGGAUCGGGAGGAGCGCCUGGCCCUGGUGCUGUGGAGGAGGCCCAUUCUCACCCUGCGCUACUUCCUGGUGGAGACCCUGAUCACCUUAAAAGAGUGGGGCUGGAGGCUGUGGCGGCGGAGAGGGGCGGUGCUUUCUGUCGUGUUGCUCUUUGUGUUCUUCUCCGUCGCGUAUUCCAUCGAAGGAACGCAUCAGAAGUAUGUGCAGUACUUGGAGAAGAAGUUCCUGUGGUGUGCCUACUGGGUAGGCCUGGGCAUCCUCUCGUCAGUAGGGCUCGGGACGGGCCUGCACACCUUCCUGCUUUACCUGGGUCCCCACAUCGCCUCGGUCACGCUGGCCGCCUACGAGUGCGGCUCCGUGGGCUUCCCCGAGCCGCCCUACCCCGACGAAAUCAUCUGCCCCGACGAGGACGUCCUGGACGGGAGCAUCUCCCUCUGGACCAUCAUGACCAAGGUCCGGCUGGAGGCCUGCAUGUGGGGCGCAGGCACGGCCAUUGGGGAGCUGCCUCCAUACUUCAUGGCUCGGGCAGCCAGGUUGUCAGGCGCGGAUCCUGAUGAUGAAGACUAUGAGGAAUUUGAAGAGAUGCUGGAACAGGCAGAGACCGCACAGGACUUUGCCACCAGAGCCAAACUUGCUGUGCAGAACAUGGUGCACAAAGUGGGGUUUUUUGGAAUCUUAGCCUGCGCCUCAAUUCCUAACCCCCUGUUUGACCUGGCCGGUAUCACAUGCGGACACUUCCUGGUCCCGUUCUGGACCUUUUUCGGAGCGACCCUCAUUGGGAAAGCCGUCAUCAAGAUGCACAUCCAGAAACUGUUUGUGAUCAUAACGUUCAGCAGGCACAUCGUGGAACAGAUGGUGUCCCUGAUUGGUGCCGUGCCCUCGGUGGGGGCCUCUCUGCAGAAGCCCUUCCGCGACUACCUGGAGGCUCAGCGCGCCAAACUGCACCACCGAGCCGGAGAGCAAACGCCAGCGGGGGAAAACUGGCUGUCCUGGGUGUUUGAGAAGGUGGUGAUCGUCAUGGUGUGCUACUUCGUGUGCUCCAUCGUGAACUCCAUGGCGCAGAGCUACGCCAAGAGGACCCAGCAGAGGAAGUACGCCGAGGAGAAGACGCAGUGACGUCCCCAACCCUCCGGCGUCCGCGCGUUAGCGCGUUAGCACGUUAGCGCGUUGGCAACCAAACCGCAAAACUGACUCUUCCUGCCUUUUUUUUUUCGUUCUAUAACAGAAGCUAAAGUUGCGAAACUGGUAAUAUUCUGAAAGUCUGGCUGUAUUUAUGUUCUGUCUUCUUUUUUUUUUUGCCACUGGGUGUGUGCGCGUGUGUUAAUUUGAGAUCUGUUGUAAUACCGAUGUGAAUGAUACUCUAGUCAUUAAGCAGUUUUCAUCAUCAGCAGCAGCAGUCUGAAAGCUGGUUGCUGGCACGGGUACUUGUUGUUGCAAGGGCUUAUGCAACAUAGUGAGUGCUGCUUCCAUUGAAGUGAACACGUAAUUCUUAACCGGCAGACUUGAUUUCUUUUACUUGAUUAUGAUGUGCAACUGUAGGGAUGAGUUUGGCUGAUUUAGAUAGUUGGCGCACUGUUCAGGUGUCACCUAUGACCUUUCUUUUUCAGGGCUUAAAUUCAGUUUUGAUUAAUUCCAUUUAUGUGUGUUAGUUAUUCUGUUCUUCUGUCAGUCUCAACAGGAUAGCAAUAGAAAAUCGGACAGACAUGGUAUUUAUACAGUUUGCACAUCCUGUAAAUACUUUUGUUCUUGACCGUUCGGUUCAGUUGUUCGUUCAGUAAUAUUAUAACAUUUAAUUUUGAAUCUAAAAAAAAGAAGAAAAAAAAAUAACUUUAUUCAUUCAUUUGUAGUUGUACAUACAGUGCUGCUAUAUUAAUGUCAUUUUUAACCUGUAAAUUUCAACUGAACUUUGGUCAGAAUUUAUAAAAUUGCCUGGAUCAGUCCCUGUCUGGAUUUGUCUUUUUGUUUUUUUACAAGCUGUAAUGACAGGAAAAAUGACAGAUAUAAAUAGUAACUUACAGGAAUUCUUUUUCGAAUAUCCGUAGAAUGUUCAGUGACCUAACAAGCACAGUCAUAUCUCCGGAUUCUCUGAUCUUCGAUGCUCAGCGGUGCGUGUGAUUGACUUUAACAGGCAGCAUGGAUAUCUUAGUACUUUCUUUCCCGUUGUAUCAGAAAAAAGGUAAGUGUUUAUGUUUGGUGCUUUCCCAUCUUUGCCCAUUACUACCAGAACUGUACUUAGGCAGUUUGGUUAAAUGAAGGCUUGCAUCUGGGUCCGGUUCAUCUGGCUGAACGUCCAAGCUUGUGCCUCAGUCUUUCAUGAGUGGCUGCACCGUGUGAUGUCAUCACUGCCGUCUGCUUGUUGGAAUGUGACAGUUUUACGACCCGAGAUUAGUUCGCUCUCGACCGCUUGCGAAAGGAUCCCUUAACGUAACGAAGUUAAUGUGUGUCGUUAGCGUAGAAAUCUGCGGGCGAGAGAACGUUUAAAUUGGGUCUGUGACCUCGAAUGAACCCCGAGGGAGGAGCUCGUACGGGUGUUCUAACCGUAAUGGGGAACGCUGCAUCGAUUCAAUCUGUGGCUGGGCAAGGAUUUUCCCUUACUUUUGACAAACCGUUGUAGAUGGCUGGUGUGAGGUUUCCUGCCUGCGUGUGUGUGUGUGUGUGUGUGUGUGCGUGUGUGCGCGUGUGUGUGUGUGUGUGCAUGUGUGUGUGCAUGUGUGUGUGCAUGUGUGCGUGUGUGUGUGCGUGUGUGUGUGUGUGCGUGCGUGCGUGCGUGCGCGCGUGCGUGCGUGCGUGCGUGUGUGUGUGUGUGUAAUCCAUUCCCUGUUACUCGCAGCAUGAUCGCGGUCUAUCCAUGGCGUAUUCCGAUCGCUCUCCCGUCCUGUCAGGUAGCUUAUCAGACUGGUGUUGGCUGUUAAGUUGCAAGGCGACAACAGUCUGUAGGCUGUCUGACAUUUUGGGCUCCUUCAUCCUACAGGCUUCUCAUUUUUUAAUUAAAUGUCACCCACGUUCCCAUUUUCAGUGUUUCAGCUGAGGGUUCAGGCUUCUUUGUUUUCACAUGGGUAACGUUUUGAAGGCUGGGCUGCCAGAACUAUUUUUUUAUUAAUUGUGGAGAUACCAAUGUUUUACUCUGUGUGUGUGUGUGUGUGUGUGUUCGCGUGCAUGCGCCUGAGUCUGUGUUUGUGUGUGUGCACGUGAGUUUGUGUGCGUGCGUGUGUGUGUGAGUCUGAGUCUGUGCGUGCGCGUUUGUGUGUGUCUGUGUGUGUGUGUGUGUGUGCGUAUCUCUGAAUAGCCUUUCCAGGUAUCAUCACUCAGCAGUCACAGUACGUUCAUUUUCUUGCCUAAUUUCCCGUCUCUGAUGCUCUGUGGUUUCGGUUGUUGUGGACACCACAGCGCAUGUGUGCGUAUGUUCUCUUCUCUAACGACAGAUCCCCUACCUUGUGUACUAUCUGUUCUCUUAACCGUCUUUUUUUUUUUUUUUUUUGAUUUUCCACUUGUAAUACGUAUCGAGUGACUCUUGGCGUGGCUUUCCGAUGCUGUAAACCAGCCCAGCCUGAGUGACUUAACCUUUGAAGAAAUAUGCUUUAUGCUUUCUGGACAGCGAAGAUGGGGAAACGUUUUAAAGUUGUGAAAGUUGUGGAUGAAUCCGGUAUGGUCUGUUUUUUUUUUCUCUUUGUUUUUGUGCCGGUUGGUUCGGGGAGUGUUUGUCUUGGCAGCUCACAGCACAUUCUGUUCUACAGCAGAGAUCCCCUCCGUGCUCCUCCUAAUCUGUUCCUGUGCGUAUGUGCAGGCACGUGUGUGUGCGUGCGUGCGUGCGUGUGUGUGCAUGCGGCCGUGUAUGUGUGAGUUUCGGAGUGUUCAUGUUUGAAUGUGCGCACUGUUUGCUGUAACUCGUAUAAAUGCAUUUACCCACAUCUUCCCUUGAAUAAACAGUUACUCAGUA